AUGUCAGAUUGCAACCAGCUUACUCCACAGUCUAGUAGAUCGUUAUCAUCAGCUAUCGAUCCCGAUAUCGCAAACGACGGGGCCGACGACAUAUUAUCAUCCCUAUAUUCGUCAUCAUCAUCGCCAUUAUCACCAACUCCUUUCCCACACCGUGGACCAACUUCGACCAGGGGUGGGCAGCGAAUAGAAGACCAUCUGAAUGGAGCGCAAAAGAAGAGUGUUUCUUUCGCUUUGAAUAGACCGGGCCCGGAGCCAGAUCUGGACACCAGCUACACCUACGUAGCUUCGGAGGAAUUCGACCACGACCACGACAACCUCGACCACGACGAUUCAGCAAUGGCUCGUCCGCCCUACCACCGGCCUGGAGAAGGCCGCUCACAGCUUCCUUUGCUCCAUGAUGCCGACGACGAUCCACGCCCAAAUUAUGAAUCGUCCAAUCGCGCGAACCGACCCCGACCGCUAAGCCGAUCAUCGACAUUCCACGAGCGCGACCCUGUAGCCCACGCCAAAGCAGAGGCCAAGAAGAAAUACGUUUACGCCGCUGGCUUUCUAGUCCUAAGUCUGAUCAGUUUCACCGUUCAGACAGAGACUGCAGUGUAUAUCCAACACACGCUCGGAUGGAAUAAAGCAUACUGCAUGCUAUGGCUUACCCAUGGUUCAUGGUCACUGCUAUGGCCCACGCAACUCUUGAUCCUGCGCUAUCAAAAACGUAAAUUGUCAUGGAAAGUCUUCUGGCGACGACACGUCUACCAACUGCGGACUACGGCGCAAAUGGUCGAGCACCAGGACCUACAUCCAUCCGGAAGACACGCGCAAAAGUCUCCGGUGCCGUACAUGCUCAAGAUGACUGCCCUCGUCACCACGGCACUCACCAUUGCCGGCGGAUCAUGGUACGUCGCCGUGGACUUGACGUCUCCUAGUGACUUGACUGCCAUUUACAACUGCUCCGCCUUUUUCGCAUACGUGUUUAGCAUUCCGCUUCUCAAGGAAAAAAUCCGGCUCGACAAAGUCGGCUCUGUGCUGGUCGCCGUAAUUGGUGUGCUGGUCGUGGCCUACGGCGACACGGCUAUCACAAAGCACGGCGGGCAAUCUGGCGGCGCAGUGGGCGGCGAACCAGAAGACAAUGAAGCCAAGAACCGUGCUCUCGGGAAUAUUGUCAUUGGUGUCGGAAGCGUGCUGUAUGGCUUGUAUGAGGUUCUCUACAAGCGAUUCGCAUGUCCGCCCGAAGGGACAAGCCCAGGCAGAGGCAUGAUUUUCGCCAAUACAUUUGGAAGUCUCAUUGGAUGCUUUACGUUUUUGGUUCUUUGGAUUCCGAUACCCAUUUUGCAUGUGACGGGUGUAGAGCGAUUCGCGCUGCCUCGCGGCGAAGCGGCUUGGAUGUUAUUCAUCUCCGUACUUGCUAAUGCCACAUUUUCCGGCUCUUUUCUCGUUUUGAUAUCUCUCACGUCUCCUGUCCUCUCUUCCGUUGCUGCUCUUCUCACCAUUUUCAUCGUCGCUGUCGUCGAUUGGCUCAUCACCGGCCAGCCUCUCUCCGCCGCUGCCAUUAUUGGCGGCAUCCUGAUCAUUGCAGCCUUCCUCAUGCUAAGCUGGAGCACGUAUCGUGAACUCGACGAGGAGAGACGCAAGAAGGAACAAGACGAUAUCAUUAGCUCGGAUAGUGAUGAAUAA